AUGAGGUCCAUCUCAGCAGUAACCGUAGCAGCCACCAUUCUCACCACACAUGCCAUCAGUCUGCACAAACGUGCAGACGGUACACCUCCAAGAGUUGUGCAUCAUGCGAUAGAACGAAGACAUGUUCCAGAUCCUCUUCGACACGACAGAAAUCGACUACGCAGACGGGAUGGAACCCUCACCGCCACGCUGGAUAAUGAGGAAACGCUCUACUUUAUGAAUGCCACGAUUGGAACCCCUGCACAAUCCUUCCGACUGCACAUCGACACGGGAAGCAGCGAUCUAUGGGUCAACACCGCCGACAGUCAAUUUUGUGAGCAGGAUACAGAAUGCGGCAUCUCAGGAACCUACAACGCCAACGCCUCGUCAACAUACAACUACAUCAGCAGUGAAUUUAACAUAUCCUAUGUUGAUGGGUCCGGUUCUUCAGGUGAUUACGUCUCAGAUACGGUCCGGUUUAGUUCCGUCACGCUCGAAGACCAGCAAUUCGGGAUUGGCUACAUCUCUAGUUCGGAAGAGGGCAUUCUCGGGAUUGGCUAUCCCAUCAAUGAAGUUGCCGUCGCCUACAAUGGAGGUCAGCCGUACUCCAACAUCCCACAGCAUCUCGUGGAUAAUGGAGUGAUUUCCACCAAUGCAUACAGUCUUUGGCUCAACGAUCUCGACGCUUCCACCGGAUCUAUCCUCUUUGGUGGCGUCAACUCGGACAAGUACACCGGCUCGCUCGAAACACUCCCCAUUCUCAAGGAGCAGGGCGUUUAUGCAGAGUUUGUCAUCGCAUUGACGGCCGUGGGAUCGAAUGGUAACAGCACCGCCAUCGCCUCCAACCUCGCCACUCCCGCUUUGCUGGACUCGGGCAGUUCGUUGAUGUAUCUCCCGGAUGACAUUGCUCAAUCCAUCUUCACCAUGUUGAAUGCCGAUUAUGAUUCACGAGCAGGCGCUGCCAUUAUAGACUGCGACAUGGCCAACUCCGACGACACCAUCGACUUUACCUUUUCCUCGCCCACUAUUAAAGUCGCCUUGAAUGAAUUGGUCAUUGUGGCGGGCGAGGACCGUCGCGGGAGGGAGAUCUGUAUUCUCGGCAUCGCUCCCGCGGGAGGUAGCACGCCGGUCUUGGGAGACACGUUCUUGAGAUCUGCAUACGUGGUGUAUGAUAUCGACAACAACGAGAUUUCCCUCGCGCAGACAAACUUCAACUCCACCACGGACAACAUUCUGGAAAUUACCAAGAGUGGCGGUAUCCCAGAUGCUACAGGUGUAGCGAGUCCCGUCACUAGUGUUGUAGUGGAGAGCGGUGGUGCGAGAAACGGUGGAUUAACCACCACUCUUUCAGCGGCUGUCGCGAAACCUACGGCGCCUGCGGGUUACAACAUGGCCAUGUUGGGGGCUGCUGGUGCUGGUGUGUUGGCUUUGGCGCUUUAG